UUCCUGCGCAUGCGCAAAUCAAAUUCGAAAGCUCCUGUGCUGCGAGUCGAAAGUCACAGGCAACUAUUUCACCCUAAUUCGUGCGUUUGUAUCUAGUGUGCAGAAAUGGCAGCUAGAUAUGACAGAGCUAUAACAGUUUUUUCUCCCGAUGGUCACCUGUUUCAGGUGGAAUAUGCUCAGGAAGCAGUAAAGAAGGGCUCCACAGCUGUUGGCAUCAGGGGGAAGGAUAUUGUUGUCCUGGGUGUUGAGAAGAAGUCAGUGGCAAAGCUUCAGGAGGAGAGGACAGUCAGGAAGAUCUGUGCUCUAGAUGAGCAUGUGUGCAUGGCCUUUGCAGGUCUGACUGCAGAUGCCAGAAUCGUCAUAAACAGAGCUAGAGUAGAGUGCCAGAGCCACAGACUGACAGUGGAGGACCCCGUUACUGUGGAGUACAUCACCCGCUACAUCGCCACACUCAAACAGCGCUACACUCAAAGCAACGGACGCCGUCCCUUUGGCAUUUCAGCCCUGAUCGUUGGUUUCGACUAUGAUGGGACUCCACGUCUAUAUCAGACGGACCCCUCUGGAACAUACCACGCAUGGAAGGCAAACGCUAUCGGACGCAGUGCAAAGACGGUGAGGGAGUUUUUGGAGAAAAACUACACAGACGAAGCCAUCGCGAGUGAUAACGAUGCCAUCAAACUGGCCAUCAAAGCCUUACUAGAGGUUGUGCAAUCCGGGGGCAAGAACAUUGAGCUGGCUGUGAUCCGAAGAAACCAGCCCCUAAAGAUUCUGGAGUCCAAAGAAAUCGAGACGCUGGUCGCCGAAAUAGAAAAGGAGAAAGAGGAGGAGGCAGAGAAGAAGAAGCAGAAGAAAUCUUCGUAAAUCACUCACAUGAUUGUGUAGCUCCUCUCUUAGUUUUGUUUAUACGGCAGACACACUUGGCUCAGGCCCACACUGUACCCUCCUCCUCCUCUCAUCCAUUAAGAGCACAGUCUCUCAGUCUUUUGCUGAACCCACAGUAUCUGAAUGUUUUUGUUACAGGAAAUAUUUUUUACUUUUUUUCCCAAUUUAAAACGAGUAAUAAAAGCAUGUUCAGGUUUGGGGGUUACCAAGCAAGUCAAGCAUGUACUUGUAGGUCCUGGUCAGUUUUCACACUCUGCUCUUCACCACUGCUGAGAAUUCUGGGGGAAUGUGCUCUGACUGAUGUUUCCUAAUAAACUCUUUUGGUUUGUA